AUGUCUCAAAUUAUCUACGAAGAUCUUCAUCUCGUUCCGAAAUAUGCCAAGGCUCAUGGAAUUGUCAUGAGCCUGGCUUUCACAGUUAUGAUGCCUCUCGGUGUCUUCGCCAUUCGAUUUCUCCGCGUUAAAGGAACAAUCUGGAUACACGUUGUGUGGCAGCUACUCAGCUGGAUACUGAUGCUUGCGGGAUUGGCCACUGGCAUUCGUGUUGGGAAGAUUCUCGAUCGAUUGCACAAUAAUGCGCACACCAUUCUCGGCACCAUCGUGGUUGUCCUCCUGCUUUUCCAGCCUUUCAUUGGGCUGAUCCAUCAUUUCCGAUUCCGAAAGACGCAGAAGCCCGGGAAGUGGACGCGUCUGCAUGUUUGGUAUGGACGUGUUCUGAUUCUUCUUGGUAUUAUCAAUGGUGGACUAGGGCUAGAGCUCGCGGCAAAUACGACUGGUGGGGAGAUUGCGUACGGAGUCGUUGGCGGUAUCUUUGGGGCUGGUCUUUUGCUGGUGGCGAUUUUGGUCGAGACGAAGAAGUUGCCGUUCUGGAAGGAGAGAAACGCCGGUGAUAUUGGUUAG